GGAUCCAAAACAUUCGAACACCGUACAGGAACCGUACGGCAAUGUCAAGUAAUGGUACGACUGAUAAUGUGGAUCAAAACGGGAAAAAAUAUACCUUCGUUUGUACUAAAGAUAAAAUCAUGCAGGAAAGAAAGAUGCAGUGCAGAGUGGAUGGGAGACAAGUAGCUAUGUUUUAUCAUGAUGGAGAGAUAUUUGUUCUGGAUCACAGUUGCUACCAUGCAGGAGGCCCUUUAUCACUAGGGGACAUAGAGGACAUCCAGGGACGUCCUUGUGUGAUUUGCCCAUAUCACAAGUACAAAAUAACUCUUGAUAAUGGGGAGGGGCUUUAUUAUUCUUAUGAUAUAAAGGACCUGAGAAAACCGCCAAAACUCCGUUCAAAAGGAGUGAAACAAAGAACUCAUGAUGUGAAGGUCAAUGGAAACGACGUUUAUGUGGCAUUAUCUGAUGUGACCGAACCAAGAGACUCAGAUUACUAUUCAUCCAGUGCAUACAAAGCAGCCAUGUCUUUAUUGUCGUGAUUCCCCCUCCCCUCCCCUCCCCUCCGAUCCCCUCCCCUCCCUAUAUUGUACAGCGCAUUUGCGCAUCUUUGGAAAGUGCGCUUCAUAAUAAAGGAUUAUUAUAUUAUUACUUACCUGUACCCUACGAGUUGUCCUACCUUACCCUACUCUACCCCAUCCUAUCCUACCCCAUUCUAUCCUACCCUAUCCUACCCUGCGCAUGCGCGUUGAGAAUCGCGAUUUCUGGUCCUUCUGUUACCAUAGCAACAGAACUUCAAGGAAAACUUACUCAACAGGAAUUAUUGUCUUUAAAUAGCGAUGUUACGUCACGAUGCAUGAUGCCUGCUGAUCUUUGAUUCAUGUAGAAAACUGAUUACUGAUCUAAAGGCCAGUGAUUAUUGCAUUGCAUGAUAUAUGGCUCGCAGCACGUAACACUCUACUUUUCAUCAUCAUUUACGAACUGAAGAUCGUUCGGAGAAUUCCUACUGUUUGCAUGACAGUCCAAUUUUCACAAAUAUAUCGAAUUAUUCUAGUUUGCUGAAGUAAGGCUUAUGUAUAAAUUGAUUAAGAUAUGGACAAGUGAAUACAUUUGUCUUUCAGACGGCCUAGCUUUCGUUGUUUGAACGCGUACAUAAAGCAGUAAAAUCACUGCUGUCAGUGUGAAUGCAAUCAUUCGAUCAAUAGGUAGAGAUACGUUAGGCCGGAUUUUCCGCGCUUUGAGUGUUUGUUCAUAGAAGCAGCAAGAAAACUGUAUUAUUAUUCUGAAUGUGAAGGGCGUACAAAAUACGCGCCAUGCUAUAGACCACAUUAAAAGGAGGGAUAACUUCUCA